AUGGACCAAGACAUCGACGGUGUUGGGCGUAAGUACCAUCUGGAAUUGGAGUUAGAAGAUGUCCUUGACAAAGACAGUACUGUUAACUGCACUGCUGAGGUUCUUUAUCAUCUGGGCAACAAAAACAUUGCUCCCGAUGUGCAAUUCACACUUGAAGGAGAACUUAAGAACACAGAUGAAGCAGAUAACGUGUUCUACAAUCGAAUCAAGAGCCUGGAAAAAGAGCUUGUGGCAGAAAACAUACCAGACAACCACGGCAAUGUGUCCCCAGAAAUGGAGCCCAUCCACCUGCUAGCGUGGGUCGCCUCUGGCUACGUGAUAUGGCAGAACUCGACUGAAAACACAAAGUUCCAACUUGCCCAAAUUAAACACGUGAAGCAAGUGAAAAGAAGCGAUGAGUAUCUUGAAUUUGACUACAAGAUUCUACUUCACGAAAUGCUGACCCAGGAGAUCAUUCCCUGGCAAAUGACAGUUCUCUGGCACCCCCAGCACGGUGUUGAAGUGACACGGGACAGCCGUCAGCCAAAAGAGGCACCGGAAUGAUGGAGCCCCCGACACCGCCACGGAACCUCAAACACUCCGACCAGCAUUUGAAGGGAGGGCAGCCAAGUGAUGAGGGGGGAGAUGCAAUCAAGGUACAAGAAAAAACGUCCUGCCUCAAGUUAAGCUUUUCCUGUACGUUGUGCUUUGAUCUGACAAUGCAAAAGGCACUUUCUCUGCUACAUGAACAAAUUCUGCACCAAAAUAAAUUUUAAAAACUUGUUACCAGAAAGAGUACUUACGGCACAGGU